GUCGUCACAGUUGUGAGCGUUGUGAGGAGUGAAGAAGAAAAUGGCGUUACGUAAGAAACCUGAUGAUGAUGAAGAUGACUUAGAGGCUCUUCGUCUGGCAGCCUUACAGACUCUAAGAAGUAAUAAGCAAGUAGCAGAUAGUUCAAGCAGUCUCAGCAGCAAAUUGCACCAACCACAACACAGUGCUGUUCCUGGUCUUGGGAGGGGAUUUAGUGGUGGUAUAACGUGCACCCAACCAGGAAGAAAACCAAUUUUCCGGAGACACCGAUUCAACUCAAAUCUGAUUGCAAUUGUCCCUGUGAGUAACGAACCUUCUCCAGGAAAUGGUAAUUCCAUCAGUCAUGCUGUAGGAAAAGGGAGAACUGAAAUUGUGGAUACCAGCACCGGCCCUAAGCUAGGGUUGCCACAACAUCGGUACUGUAAACCAGCAAAUGACCAGGAGAAUAAAUUAGCUGGACCAGCAGUGUCUACCAAAUUCAGCAGAUACGACGACACAAACUCAGAUUCUUCAGCAGAUGAAAGUGAAGAUGAAAAUGAAGGCAGUGAUAAAGUAUCGAUUGGCUCAGGAGCAGCCGCAGAGUUGGACAAUGACCCAGAUGUAUUGAUAAUGGCUGCCGAUGAUGAAGAAGACAGUUUGGAAAAGCUGAUGAAUGAACUGGAACAGGCAAUGAACAAGAGUGACUCAAGUGUACCUGUAAAUACUAAUAUUAAAUCAAGUUCAGACUUGCAGAAGUACAAGAAAACUUCAUCAUCCAAAUCAAAACAUAAUAUCUCUGAUACUUCAGAAAGUCAGAAGUGUCAGGGAGGUGUUUCUACCUCAGAAGCAGAACCUGUUUUGUCAAACUCUGGCAACCAGAAGACAAAAGAAUUCUUACACAGCAGUUCUUCAGAAUAUACAAAGGAUAUAACAGCUCAUGUGCCAGAUGUGUCUUCUUCAUGUAGUUCAAAUCACAACAAAGACAGUAUUUUCAGUGAAGGAGACAAGAAUGCUAAGUCUAGUGGCAUGUGUUUAUCCCAUCCACAGAAGCAGUUAUCCCCCAUUUUCAGGAAAAUGGCAAGAUCAAGAUCGAGAUCAAGGUCAAUAUCAAGAUCGCCCCACAAUUGCAGUAAAUCAUUUCCCAAGAGUUGGCGGUCUGGAUCUCAGUCUCCAAGGAGCAGGUUUAGUUACUCCCCAUUGAGGAACCGAAUUCCAAGGUCUCCCAGAAGUCAAAUGUCCAGGUCACCAGUUUAUAUGGAAAGAACAAGGUCAAGGUCUCCACUGAAGUCAACAAGAUCUCCCAGAAAAAGAUACUCAAGAUCUCCACCGUGGCAUCAGUCUAGUAGUAACCAUGCUUCUAGAUUCUCACCUCAUAGUUAUUCUCCCCAACCCCGAAGAUUUAUAUCACCAAGACAGUCUCCAUCUCGAUUAAAUCGUAUUUCACCACGCAGAUCACCUGACUCAAGUCGGUGGGCCUUGCCAUGCAGAUCCCUGUCACCACAGUUGAGGCAAUCAUCUUUCUCGCCUUCCCCAAAACGUUUUGUAUCACCCAGAGACAGGAGAAUUUCAGUCUCACCUCGCAGGCCUGUUUCACCUCUAAGAAGAAGGCUCUCUCCUUCACCAUCGCGAAGAAACCCCUCACCACCACGAAGAUAUUCUCCACCUCGAAGGAAUCCUUCUCCACCAAGACGACGUUAUUCUUGCUCAUUAUCUCGAAGUCCUGAAAGAUUUGUGUCUAGGAGUAGAUCACCUGCAGGGAACAGACUAUUGCAUCAUAGGUCGCCUGUCACCCCCAAACGACGGAUGUCACGAUCACCCUCUCUGCGAAGACGUGUUUCUCAUUCCCCUUUCAGUAGGCUUCCAGCCAGACAUUCCCCACCUGGUCGAAAAUUAUCACCUUGGUCACCACCUAGACAACCUCUCAACCAGAAGACUUCUCCUGCUGCUCGGAGAUACUCAUUUUCACCCACUGGCAAACAGCGGUCACCAUCUCCAUAUGGGAGACAGAAGAGGCAGUUGAAUUCCCCAAAUAGAAGACCACCCCUUAGCAGGCUACCUCCCAGAAAUCAGCGAUCCCCUGUAAGAGACUUGCGUUUACCAUUACAAGAAUCAAGAGUGAAUAACAUUCGACCCAGAUCACGCUCUCCGCUGUUGCCACCACGCACAUGCCCUGGCCCUAAUAUUCAUCGUGAUUGCAGUCCCGUACAUUCCCGGUCUCCACUUUGUAAGAGUCACAGUCAGUCGUCGAGUAUUAGCCUUAGUCCAUCUCCAGAACGAGGAACAGUAAACAAUAUUCAUCGUUACAAAUCCCCAUUACGAUUUCGUGUAGCAGACUACAGGAACCCUACUGUUCCAGUUCUUCACAGUUCCAAGGAAGUAAGUAGUGGUAGACAGCGAAAUCUUCCAUCUCCUCCAGGACCUGGGAAGAAGCCAUUGAAACCCCAGUUAGAUAAGCAGAAGGAACAAAGAAAUAGAGUUCAGAAGAGGAACAGGAGCAAGGAAGAUAGAAAGUAUUCAAACAGAAAAUCAAAGGAACAGUUACAAAAUGUAGCAGAGGAAGGAAAUGCAGCACAGUGCCCAAAGAGCAUUGCGAAAUCACAUGAUGGUGUAGUUAGUGGCUCCAAUUUGGCACUUAUGGAAGCUAGAAAGCGAAAGUUUGAAUCAACAGGACCAGUGAAGCCAGAUGGUAAAAGAAUACGCUUAAAGGAACCACACCCUCAGCAACAGAUGCGAGUGCAGGAGGAACAUGAGAAGGACCCAACUCAGCAGACUGUAAGCAAACAUAUGUUAGAAGAGAAAGACAAGGAGGAAGUAGCAGUAUUGACAACAUUAGAUGAUUCUGCAGUGAUAGAAGUCGGAGAAGAUUUUGAUGAGCCUUAUCUAGAGCUCCAGAGUGCAGAUACCUGGUCAACUGAUGAAAGUGACUCAGACAAUGAAGCACGAUUCAAAUCGAGUACACACAUUCAAGCAGCUGGAAGUGAAAAGAUUGGAGUGUUACCAUUUACCAGUCUGCAUGGUCAGAUUAAGACAGUUGUACGUAAGGAAGAGACAUCGUUGACAAAGCAUAAAAAGUCUUCGUUCUCUAGUAGAAAACAUGAUUCAGACAAAAUAAAUGCUGAGUCUAAACAAAGGAAAGGUUUAGAAGAUGUGAAAUCCCAGGUUAGUGAUUCACAACAGGAGAUAAAGCAAAGCGCAGGAAAGCAGCAGGAGUCAGAGAAGAAUCCACAAAGUGGGGCUCAUUUUGAGGGUAAAGCCAAAAAUAUCAGUGCUGUAUCUCCUGGAGCAGAUUCAAAAUUAAAGCAUUCUGACGGUGAAGGAAGUAAUGGAGCUGUAGAAGCGGUGGCAGCAAGAAAUAGGGAAGGAGACCUCCGUGCAGAGCUCAGCAGGAGGAGGGCUGAGAGGCUCACAAAGGCUGGAUCUCUUCAUGAAACUCUUCCAACAAGACUUCUCCAGUCAGCCUUUGAAGGAGUUGUUGGAAAGAAAGGUGUUAAACGCUCUGGAAAAGAAGAGAAGAUGGUUGGUGACAAGAGAAAAGAAUCUAAGAAAGAAAAAAAUGAUGUGCGACGUGUCCUUGUAUUGAAAAGACCAGCUGUUACAGAAAGGAGCAUUUCCUCAAUUAGUGUUACAAUUCCUAAAGAAUUCAAACACGAAGUGAACACAGAAUCUCUACCUGCAAAGCUUCCUGUUAGAAUGCGAUUGGGCCUACCAGCAGCAAGGUCCGCAGCACAUGACCAUCAAAUUCCAAGGAAGAGAAAUCGAAAGGUGGAGCUGAAACGUAAUGUGAUGCUAGGCCCUAGGCCUGAUGAAAAGGUAUUCAGUAGUGGACAGUGAAGAGAUUUAUAUUUUUAAUUGCCAUUAUACUGAUGAGAUAUGUUGGUAUUCCUUGUACAGAUGUACUUUUAUUAUGGUUGUGUAUUAGUAACUGCGAAGUUCAGAAAUAGCCAUAAAGCAUGUUAAGUUGCCAGGCAUAUAUAAAUUAAGCAAUAUCAAUUUCAGGCUAAAGUAAUGGAGCAUUAUCAGAAAAUCAUAAGAUUGAACAUUUUAUUUGGUGUAAUUUUUAUCAGUUGAUGGCCUGCUACUAAUUUUGAGCAAGGUCAUAGAAUUUGUUGUGAAGUCAACUUGGGUAAUAGAGAUUCAUACUGUUCUGAAAAGUAGUGGAAAGAUUCAUGAGAUUAACCUUCUAAUGUAGCACUCCAAAUAAGCCUCUAUACAGAAGGAAAACUACAAAGAACCUCUGGACAUAGUAACCUGGCCAGAAUUUUAACCAGUAGCUGAGUGUAAGUUCAGAGUGUGAGGGUGCAUCAUAUAAAGCUUGUGCACAAAAAAUUUAACGUCAGAAUAUAAAAUGUUUGGUGUGCAGAAAAGAUGAUGAAAUUGACUCAGUUUUAAACUAAAUUUAUUAGACCCAUUCCCCAGUCCCUGAUGUCAGUUUCCAUGAUACUCAAAUUAUCUCUCUAGUGACAUUCUGGCAUAUCUUACCUCUUGAGCUAAUCUGGAGAAGUAAUGAAAGUUCUGUUGUAUUCAGUUCACACUUCAAAUUUAUGGAAACACAGAAGUUGUGUAAAUUAUAAUUAGAUGUUUUCUUAAUAUAAUGGUCCACCAAAUGUAAAUUAAUAUUUAUUGUAAUCUAAAGGAAUUUGAGAUUUGAGGUCCUCAAGGUGGUGAAUAUGAAGAUACUCUCUUCUGGGAUGUGAUGGCAUGUGGCCUGAUAGAAAGGUACCAUUGCCUCCAUCAUCAUGGUAGAAAUUUCUGUGUGUGCAUAAAUUUAUGGUCACUAGAUGAAGAGGGUAAUUUGUCUGUUUUUGAGAUGGGGUGAAAUUUUGGAUGAAUUUCCUAUUUUAGAGGCUGCCUUAUUAAACAUUUUGACUUCACUGCAUUAAGUUAUUCUGAUGAAAGCUGGAACUUUAACAUAUGGUUACCAUUAUUUUAUAGGUAAGUUUAGUAAUUUCUGGAUUAAAUAUGGUUUUAGUGUAUAUUACUGGGAGAUAACAGAGCAAAUUAACAAGAAGGCAGUAUUGAAUUACAUUUGAAACUUACAUUGUAAUAAAUUCAGUUUAGCUCUUCAGAAUUGAUACAGCAUCCUGCAUUGCUUUCAGUUCUCAUAAUGAUCUUGUUCAGAACAAGGGCCUAAACUUUUAUUACACACUCAUGAGUUUAACACUCAAGUAUUUGUGUUAUACUUGCCAGACCAGGUGAAAAAACUUCCUGCUCAUAUAAAGUCUUGAGAGAGCACUAAUUUUAUAGACACAAUUUUCUUAUAGGUUUUACACUCUUGUACACCUUUUAUUUAUUUAUUCGAACCAUUGACUGUACCUGCUGUUUUAAUUUGUGAUAUACAGUAAACUUGCAGAAACAGGAACCACGCAGGACAAGAUUUUUAUUCUGUUGCAGACAGGUUCUGUUUUAUGCUGGUACUUGAAAUAAGAAUGUCAAAAUAUAGACAUUGUUUAUUGUUUCAAACAGUACAGUCAGAUUUUCUUCAUGUAUGUUGUUGACCGAGAGACUUGAUUUUCAGUUAGAAUUCUAGCUCUGCAGAUUGUAUAAGAAAUGUAGGAGUUGAGAUUGUCACAGCAGUAUUUAUGAAGUGUUCAAGGAUUGAGAGUCAACUGAUGUUUUGAAGGAACUUAUCGCCUCCAUGCUCAGGGUCAAAGAGUAGGCUGAGCAAGAAAACAGCUUGAAAACAGGUGGCUGUCAAAAAUGGAGGUUAUCUGUUUCUCCAAAUUGUUGGUUAACUUUCGGCAGACCACAUUGCUUUAUAUCCCAGAAGGUAAGUAUUCUUUGUAUGAAAAAAUUCAGAAUUUUUGCAAUGUAGCAAAAAUUCCUAAAGCUCUCUGAUGGCAUGUAAAGCAUCAUGGUAUGACCUAAGUUUUGCACUCAAGUUCUUGGGAAUUACAUCAUCCUCUUCCUUGCUGUUCUGGUGACUGUUAUUGAAGUUCUUGAUUUCCGUCACAUCAGCUUCUGUUUCGAUCUCAGUAUUGAAGUUAAGGCAAUCCUCUACUGUAACAUUUUUGUACCUAGCCUGAUUGAGAGAUUCCUGAAGUUUUUUUAGUAUUCCUGUAGUCUAUUUUAUCAUAAGUCAACUUUGUUGAAAGUCCUGCUUUCUGAAAAUCUGUUCAUGGAGACACUUUGCUGCCUCAGCUAUUCAGAUUACAGCAUCAAGGACUAAGGUGGACUUGGCAUUUUGGGUAGCAGAAGAUGCUUCUUCCAUGUUGGCUAGCAGGAUCUCAUGAGGAGCUUGUGGUAGUUCAGCUUUAUACACUUUAUAAUUGCUUGGUCCAAGAGUUUAAAUACAUGUGUGGCAGUUGGAAAGCCAUGCAAGCUGUACAUUUGAGAACAUUACGUUUUUUUGGUGGUCUUUGCAUUAAAUUCUCUCAGCCAUUCCUUCAUGAUGUUACCCAAGCUCUCUUGAUAGAUUUGCAGUCAACAGGGAGGUUUUUUGUGUCAGUGUUCAUAAAACAUCGUGGUUUAAUGGCUUUCCCUGUAACCAAAAGUUUCUCCGGCCAUAAAACCACAGAAGGCAACUGUCAGACUUUUUUUUUUUUUCAGAGUUUUCCAGAAGAAUAUUUUCACCUUUCAAAGACAUAGUUUUUCUUGGUUAUGCACAAACAAAUAGUCCUGUUUCAUGAUAAUUGGCAGUAUCCUUCAGUUUGUAUGCAUCUAUAACUAAAGGCAUUUUGACAGCAUGGUUUGCUAAGGUUUUCUUACCAGGUUCAGUGCAGACUUCAUUAAACAAUAUGAUGGCUGCUUUCUGAAAUUUUGUAACCAUUCGUUAGAUGCCUUGAAGUCACUUCUACCCAGUUUGUGUAUCAUUGAUCCUUGUAUUCGAAAGUUUCUAGCUCUUGCACUUACAGACCAUUCCCACACAAUUUCAUUAUGUCUUUUUUUCCAGUUUUUCUUAGUUUUCAUUUUAUUGAACCAAUGCUACAACUUUGCCACUGAUAUCUUGUAUAUAACUUGGCUUCUAAUAUGCUGUACACUUGAGUUUUCCCAACAUUUAAACUUUGUCAUGAUUUCCUUCACUGAUAAACUUGACUUUUUCACUCUGUCUACAUUUGAAUGAAUGAAUGUAUAAGGGGUGGGCCUUCUCAGCCCUUUCACCAUGACCACAG